AUGGAAUGUCUUCAGAUGCGCGAAUGCGGAGCGAGUCGCUUGGCUUUAGACGACGAGAUCGAGGCCCUCACCCAGCAACUGGAAGAGAUCAGAUUUUACCGCGAAAACGAUAAAGGCAAAUGGCGAGCUGACGACCUACCGGACAAUGAGCUAGGGAUCUCAGCAUUUCUAGAAGAAGUGACAACUUCGCUUGGCGUUCUCGGUGACCUGAGGCUUGCUCAAAGCUUCGCCAACGCUGUCGAGUCAGACGCUCAAGCCAUCAAGGCUAUAACGGAAGAAGAGAUCCAAGCCGAGGAAGAUAGGCGUCUAGCGAUGCGUUACAGCGUCGAUGACACCCAGCCGGAGAGCGAUUCAGAGGCUGAUGGUAUCGCCGGUGACUACUCGAUCUUUCAGAGAUUAUGCCUGAGCGUAUACAAUUGGUUCAUGGACGGCAAUGGUGCGGAGACGGAGAUUGAUGACGGGGGACCUUCAAUGACCUACGCGCAGCGACAGGAGGAGGCAAUGAGGAGGCUUUCUGAGGUCGAAACAUGCUGCGCUUGCUACGAUUUAUUUCCUUUGCACAAUAUUCAGCGCUUGAACUGCGCCGCCCUUUACUGCCACGACUGUCUUCGGAGUAUUUUUGCAACGGCUACAACGGAUGAGUCCUUGUUUCCACCUAAGUGCUGCGGCGAGCCAAUACCUCUCUGCCUCGUCCAGGGGAAAAUGUCACAGCAUGAACUAGACGAGUUCAGAAAUGCCGAAGUCGAAUUUUCAACCAGCAAUAGGACAUAUUGCAGCAAUACAGACUGCCAGAGAUUCGUGUCUCCCAGAAACAUCCAGGCGGAUCGAGCGAGAUGCCCCUACUGUGACUUGGACACUUGUGUCUUGUGCAAAAGUGCCUACCACGACAAAGAUGACUGCGCCGCAGACACUGCACUCCAAGCUACACUCGAACUGGUGAAGAGAAUGCGUUGGCAACGUUGUUACGCAUGCGGGGCUGUGGUGGAGUUGACCAUAGGCUGCUACCAUAUGAAGUGA